AUGGACCUCGCAAGCACGUCAACCGUCCCGGAUCCCCGGAGCAUGAGCCUGAACCUGGACCUAGACCUAAGCCAUCCGUCGCCUUCGUCGCCCAGUCGCCGCCGUGACGAGCUCGCCUUAACAUCCACCCCAUCUCCCAACUCCUUCAUAACCACACCGACUUUCACCGCUGCCACCGACUCUCCCUCGACCUCCAAAUCCACCUAUACCUCUGCCUCCGCCGCCAACGAUGUGAUCACGGCAACUCAGCCCCCAACCAAAGACAACUGUGAUAGACGGAGACUCGACGAGGGAGACAACUCGAGAUUUCCUGCGAACAUGCCGACCCAACUGGUCGGUCAGACUGUUACACCCUUCCUAAGAGAGCACAUCCCCGGCAUCUACGCCCCCAUCGGCAAGCCUGACGUCCAGAACGAGAACAACAACCUCAGCCAAAAACGAGACCCAAACAGCAAGUACUGCUAUCGUCACCGCCCCGACGCAAAGUGUCGUCGCGCAGCCGACGAGUCCAAGAUGGUCCUGAUCCAAAGUGAACUCGAUAAGCUCCCCGUGGCUGACCAACAGGCCAUCACCCAUGUCUGGUCUCUCUUCUCUGCCGCUCCUGCCAAGCAUCGCGAUUUGAUGCUUCAAGGCAUCAUCACACAAUGUUGCUUCCCUCAACUAUCUACCGUCUCCCGCGAGGUCCACGAGCAGCUCAAGAUCGACUUCAUGGCUGCCCUCCCCACCGAAAUUUCCUACAAGGUCCUCGGCUACCUCGACACCGUAUCGCUCUGCAAGGCCGCUCAGGUAAGCAGGAGAUGGCGCGACCUCGCCGACGACGACGUCGUGUGGCACCGCAUGUGUGAACAGCACAUCGACCGCAAGUGCACCAAGUGUGGAUUUGGCCUACCACUUCUGGAAAGAAAGAGGCUACGAGACUGGAACAAGCAGAAGGAGCUCGCUCGGAGUCAUGGAGUCGAGGAGCCCGCCGAACAACCUCAAGAGGCAGCUGCGGAACCGGCAUCGUCACCUAACGCGAACAAGAAGCGGGAACUAGUUGUCCUCGAUGACAGCAGGAAGCGUAGCUGCCUUAGCGAAGUUGGUGAGCCUGGUGCGCCCAAGGCCGGAUCCGAGAAGGAGCGUGACCGCCUUAUCAGACCAUGGAAGAGCGUCUAUCGUGACCGUUUCAAGGUCGGCUACAACUGGAAGUACGGCCGGUGCCACAUCAAGACGUUCAAGGGCCACGACAACGGUGUGACUUGUCUACAGUUCGACGACGAUAUCCUCGCCACGGGAUCCUACGACGCCAAGAUCAAGAUCUGGAACAUUGAGACAGGAGAGGAGAUUCGCACUUUGUCCGGCCACACCAUGGGCAUCCGCACGCUCAAGUUUGUCGGCAACAAGCUCUUCAGCGGCAGCUUGGACCAUACCAUCAAGGUCUGGAACUGGCAGACGGGCGACUGCAUCAGCACGCUUCGUUGCCACACCGAAGGCGUCAUUUCGGUUGACUUUGACGGCAAGUUCUUGGCCUCUGGGUCCAUUGACAAAUCAGUCAAGAUUUUCAACUUUGACAGCAAGGAGACAUUCUGUCUCCGUGGGCAUGAGGACUGGGUAAACCAUGUUCGUCUCGACCCUGGAUCGCAAACCGUCUUCUCAGCUUCGGAUGAUUGCACCGUCCGAUUGUGGGAUCUGCGAAACAAGACGUGCAUCAAGACUUUUGAGGGUCACAUGGGCCAGGUGCAGCAGAUCUUGCUGAUGCCGGAAGAUUUCGAGCCGGAUGAGGAGCUGCUCACCGGUGACAACACCGACACCGCGUCCGUUCACAGUGGCAGCGGACGUGCCCGCAGCACGACACCUUCGGCUUGUGCUAAUGUGGCGUCCAUUCUCGGGUCCUCCUUCGGCGACUCAACUUCGGCGGAGGACGAGCGGUCGUCAUUCGGCAGCGCUUUUGCAUCUGACCCCACUCGGCAGCUCCCGCCCCGCUAUAUGCUCACGGCCGGACUGGACAAUACCGUCAAGGUGUGGAACACGGCCACCGGAAAAUGUCUCCGCACCAUGUUCGGCCAUGUGGAGGGCAUCUGGGGCCUUGUCGGCGAUACCCUCCGCGUCGUCACCGGCGCCAACGACUCGAUGGUCAAGGUGUGGGAACCCAAGAGCGGCAAGUGCGAACGCACCUUUACUGGCCACUCGGGUCCCGUCACCUGCGUCGGUCUCAGCGACAGCAGAAUGGCCAGCGGAAGUGAGGACGGCGAAGUUCGCCUUUACAGUUUUGAGGCGGAUGGGCCACUCGAGGAGUGUGGCACCCCUGCAUAA